AUGGAAAAGAUGAACCACGCGGAGUCGAAGGACAAAUUUCCCCGAAACAUUGAUUUCAUGCGUGCCUCGAUCAUUCACCAGCGGAACCUUUUUGGGAUCGUAACAGCACCCAGGAGUUCAAUUCUGAUUCGAUCACUCCCUCAAAACACCCAGAACCACGCUGUUAGUCGUCAAUUUUACCGAUCUUUCUGGCGCGACCCGUCUGCACCUUAUACAAAUUUAUCAGAGGUCUUCCAGCGGAUACAAUGGCCGACAACAAAGGAACAGGAGGCAGAGGUGGUGAAAGGCGUAAGAACCGCGAUAUGGGGCGAGCGGAAUGGAGCGAUAGACAAGCGUCAGCGUCAUGAAGACAAAGCCGAAGCCAAGCGUCGCAAGAUUGAGAACGGCGAAGAGGUCAACUUGCCAAUCUACGCGACCCAAUUCUCCAAGGAGGAGAUCGACAGCGAAGAGCGCCGCCCCAAAAAGAAGGUUGCGCUUCUGAUGGGAUACUCGGGCACUGGAUACUCCGGAAUGCAGUUGAACGAGCAACAACGCACCAUUGAAGGUGAUCUAUUCACGGCCCUCGUCAACGUCGGCGCGGUUUCCAAGGCGAAUGCAGCGGAUCCCAAAAAAUCUUCUUUCGUCCGUUGUGCCCGCACAGAUAAGGGUGUCCACGCAGCUGGAAAUGUUGUGUCGCUGAAGAUGAUCGUCGAAGACGAGGAUAUCAUCCAGAGAAUCAACGCCGAGCUCAGCCCCCAAAUCCGUGUUUGGGGCUACGAAAUUACCAGCAAAAGUUUCAGCUGUUACCAGAUGUGUGAUUCCCGGGUUUACGAAUAUUUGAUGCCAAGCCACUGUCUCCUCCCGCCUCACCCAAGCACCUAUCUUGGGAAGAAAAUCAUCGAGCUUGCCGACAAGGCAGGCGAGUUGGAUGCCGUCACAGCUCGGCAGGAAGAGGUCGCAAGCUAUUGGGAAGACGUUGACCAGAAGUACAUCAAGCCGAUCUUAGAAGCCCUCCCGGAAAACAUUCGCAGCAUCGUCGAAAAGUCUCUCUACCAGGACGAGGGCCGCGAUGCACUCCAACCCGCAGAAGAGAAGGAGGUAGUCAUCUCUACGCCAGCCGAAGAGUCCGUGCAGCAGGAGACCAGCGAACAGCCCGUAGCUGAACAACCGGCCGAUGGAGAGGCCCCAAAGCCUUUUGUCAUGGACCCCCGCCAAAAGGCCAUCAACGACGCCAUCAAGUCCAUCAAAGCAGCAUACCUAACCGCAAAACGCGCCUACCGCGCGCCCGCUUCACGCAUCGCGCGCCUGCAAGAAUGUCUCGAUCGCUACGAAGGUACGAAGAACUUCCACAACUACACGAUCCAGAAGACGCACAACGACCCCUCGGCGAAACGACACAUAAAGUCAUUUAAGGUGAACACUACGCCGAUUAUCAUCGAUGGCACAGAAUGGCUCAGUCUGAAGGUCCAUGGACAGAGUUUCAUGAUGCACCAGAUUCGCAAGAUGGUCGCCAUGGCUACGAUGGUUGUUCGCUCGGGCUGCCAUCCUGAUCGGAUCACUGAGACAUAUGGUCCUGAGCGCAUUGCUAUUCCUAAAGCGCCUGGUUUGGGUCUCUUGCUUGAGCGUCCUAUUUUCGAUGCUUACAAUAACAAGGCACAGGGUCUUGACCGUCAGCCGAUCAAUUUCCAGAAGUUUGAGGCGGAGAUGAAUGAGUUCAAGCAGCGGGAGAUCUAUGAUCGGAUUUUCCGGGAGGAGGAGCAAAGUGCUGGCUUUGGUUCUUUCUUCAACCAUAUCGAUCAUUUCCCCGCCGGUUACUUCCUCUAUGUUACUUCUGGGGGCAUUCCCGCGGCUAAACUCGCAACUGCACCUACCGCUGCUGACCCCAGCAGCCCCAAAGCUGGUAACAGAGCUCGCGGCCCUCCACGGGCUCAGCAGGAUGCACUUGCUGCCGUGGAGGUUGAAUCAGAAGAUGAGGCAGAUGCCCCAGCUCGCGGAGAAGCCGAGGGUUAA